CCUUCAACACAGCCAAGUGUGAGAAAUUGCAAAAGGAGAAGGAGGACCUGGAGAGGCGGUUUGAGGAGGAGGUGCGGAGGCUGGGCUGGCAGCAGCGGGCGGAGCUGCAGGACCUGGAGGAGAGGCUGCAGCGGCAGUUUGAGGCCGAGAUGGUGCGCCUGCAGGAGGAGCACCACGCCCAGCUGCUGCGGAUCCGGUGUCAGCACCGGGAGCAGGUAGAAGAUCUCACGGCCAGCCAUGAGGCUGCUCUCCUAGAGAUGGAAAAUAACCACACGGUAGCCAUCGCGAUCCUGCAGGAUGACCAUCACCACAAAGUCCAAGAACUGAUGUCUACCCAUGAGCUUGAAAAGAAAGAAUUGGAAGAAAAUUUUGAAAAGCUGCGGCUGUCAUUACAGGACCAGGUGGACACACUGACCUUCCAGAGCCAGUGUCUGCGGGACCGAGCCAGACGCUUUGAGGAGGCUCUGCGGAAGAACACCGAAGAGCAGCUGGAGGUAGUCCUGCUCCCCAGGCCCGGCAGCCCCACCGGGGCCUCACCCCGGGAGUCACCUCAGGGGUACCUCAGGACCUCUGUGUGGAUCCGCUGCCACAGUGAUGGCUAG